AUGUCAUACGAUCCACUAAUCGGUACUGAUCAAAAAGCCGACGCAUUUUGGGAUCGAAUUCAUCAAUAUUGUGAAGAAGAUAAUCCUGGUGUCAUUAAGAGAGGAGUUAUGGCAAUGAAAAAAAGGUGGCAACGAAUAAAUGAAGGUGCUCAGAAAUUUGGAUCGUGUCAUGAUGAGGCUCAACGAAUAGUCGAGAGCGGUUCAAACUUGGACUACAUAAGUGAGAAAGCUCAUACACUUCAUUUAAAAUAUUACAAGAAGAAGUCUAACUUUGACAAUCAUUGGUGUGAGCUUCGUAGACAACCCAAGUGGAAAACUCCUACAACUAGUGAGGGAAAUAAUGAUACACCAACAUCUGAUGAAUUUGAACCGAUUCGUCCUAGAGGUACAAAAGCAGCUAAAAGGAAAAGAAAGGGCAAGGCAACAGCUGCCGAAGUUGAAGAAUAUGAAGCUUUUGAAGCUAAUGAAGCUAAUGACUUGAGGAAAAUGACUAUAAUGAAAACCAUGAAUGAGAUUCGUCAAAAAGACAUUGAGACUCGACAAAGGGAGCUUGAGGCGGAGCAAGCUGAAAUGGAUUUGCAAGUCAUUUUGGCAGAUACUGGAAAAAUGAAUGAAGCUCAAAGGAAGGCUCAUGCAAAAUUGCUUGAGAAAAUUAUGGCAGUUCCAUGA